AUGGCUAAAAACACAAAACGAAUUGAAAUGGAAAAAUGCAGAAAUGCAGCACUUGAUAGUAUAUUCGGAUUGGAUUGUGUUGUCAUUGAAUUGGAAUAUAUAUUGGAGAAUUCGACGAGUUCUGAACUGAGGAGGAAUUCAGUGAAUGGUUCAAUGGAAAGUAUUCGAAAUGAAACUGUUUAUUCAUCACUUGAUGAAAUAUAUCAAGUAUUUAAAAGAGAUGUGACGAUAAUUGCUGAGAGAGAAAAUCAAAAAUCAGCAUUUUCGUAUAAAAAGAUUCCUGAGGGAAUUAUUUCACUGAGAGUACGUGUCUUGUCAGAUAUGGUGAACGAGGAAAAUUGUACUCUUCAAAUGGAUAUUGGACAAAUAUUCAAUUCAUCAUCGAUUAGAAGACCUAUUGCAGAUUAUAAGGUAUUCUUUGAAUUGUACAGUGAAAAUCAAAGACAUGAAUUAUAUUGCAGAGUUAAUGUUGAUAGUUCUCUGUUUUUUUCAACAUUUAGAGGAUUGACUUUACGUUUGGUAACACAUAAUUUGAGUUAUUAUGCAGAAAGGGUGACAUUUCUUAGUGGAGCACUAAAUGGAGGAUUAUUUGCUGUUUAUUCACAGGUGGAAUUGAGGCAGAAUAUACUCUUUUCACAAACACGUGUUACUUUAUUUGAAGAAUUGAAUUAUUUUGGACAAAAUUGGAUUCUUCAAAGAGAUAAUUCAAAUAAUAUUAAUGCAAUUUUUGUAGAUAGUAAUAUGACAGUGUAUUUCGAAGACGUUCUUAAAGGAAGAAAUAUGUGGUUUCUGAAUACAACUUUAGAGAUUGAUAGUGAGUUUUUGAUUGAGGAAGUGAAUGAAAUUUUGAUUCACAAAUGUACUAUCAAAUCGAAAGGAAAUACUUCGGAUAGAGAUUUUGCAAACUUGCAAAUAUCAUUUGCGAAUAUUGUUGAAAUUCAUAGUACAGUAUUCGAAACAGUAAAUGGAAAGACCAUUUUAGGAAUUGGUGAAAGUAUUGAUGUCAACCUCAUUGAUACACAUUUCACUGAUCAUAGAAAUGAAGCUGGCUCUCUAAUUUACAUGAAGAAUCUAAGAAAUUUGGUGAUUUCCAAAUCUCAUUUUUUGAGGAAUUGGGUUGGUUCAAGUGUUCUCUUCCUCAGUAACAUAAUUGCGGGUUUUAUUAGUGAUUGUAGAUUUGAAGAAAAUGAAUCUGUUAUAUCAAAUGGUAUAAUCUUCGUUCAAUCUGCUGGAUCUUUCAAAAGGGUGCUGAUUAGCUCAUCUAUUUUUAUUAGAAACAGAGCGUAUGAUCGUGGAGGAUGCAUUCAUGCCUCUGAUACUUCAGUUCACGUUCACUUUAGUGAAUUUCGUGAAAAUUAUGCUCCUUCAGGAAGUGCUAUCUAUGCACAAGAAACAGAGCUCUCAAUUGAAAGCUGCAAUUUUAUUGAUAAUUAUUCAGAGAUGAGUGGUGGAGCUAUUUUUAUUAAUGGCAAUUUCAGUAGUGUUAAUUCAAACUUUUACAAUAACUCUGUGAAUUUGAAAUCAAAUUAUCCAUGCACGUCAUAUUGCAGUGGAAGUGGAGGAGCCAUUUCGUAUGCAUCUACAGAAUUAGAUACAAUUCAGCUCUUUCUUGUUGAUUCCAAAUUCGAGAAUAAUAGUGCUAUUAGAGGUGGAGCUCUCUCUAUCAAGUACCUAUCCAAUACUCCAAAAAUUACUUGGGAAUCCGUCAAGAUUUAUAAUAAUUAUGCCAAAUCUGGAGGUGGAAUAUUUUUCUUUGAAUUGAUUGACAACAAAAUUCUAUCAUCCACAUUCGAAAGAAAUAGAGCUGACUUUUAUGGAAAUGACAUGGCUUCUUCCACUAGGUCAAUUGAGUGGAAUAUUAUGGGAAAAUCACCAAAUUCUCAAAUAAGUGUGUUCCCAGGGCAGACUUUUUCCCUCAAGACAUUUACUAAGGAUUAUUUCGGAGCUAAUAUUGGAGAUUUGUGGGAGUAUUAUAUUUUGACUGUGAAUGAUACACGAUUUAAUUUAAAAAAACCCACUCAAACUAAUCGAAAUGACACCAUUGAGGGUUUGUUCAUUUACAGUACAAAGAUUCAAACUGAGCCAACAUAUAUUCGGUUGUGGAUUGAUUUUUCACAAUCCUUUAGUUAUUUGGAUAUUCUAGUUAAGGGGUGUCCUGAGAAUUAUGAAUUGAUUUCUGCUAAUUAUGGAUCAGAAAAUUCCUAUAUUUGUCAAGCUGUGCCAAGUGUAACUGUUAUUAUUAUAACAGUUGUUGUUUCUUCAUUUGUUGCAUUUUCAGUCUUUGUUAUUGUUUCUACAAUUUUGGGAUAUGCCAUUUUCAGAUUAACAAAAAAGCUCUUAUAUUGGAAAGAAAGAAUUAAGGUGGAGAAGGAUGUAGAAAAGAGACUAUUCGAAAGUGGAAUAAGGUGUACGAAAGAGGAAAUCAAAGCAUCAGGCGAGUAUAGUCUUGCAAGAAAAAAUGUUUUCAUUAUUGGUCUUGAUCAGGUUCACAUUGAAAAGAAAAUUGGAGAAGGAGGAGCUGGUUUCGUUUACAAAGGAAAGUGGAAUCACAACACAGUUGCCAUCAAAUGUCUAAGAGUGGAGGGAUCAGAAAGCGAAUUUCUCAGUGAUGAAAUUGAGAGAGAGGCAACCCAUUUGUCUAAACUCAGACAUCCGAAUGUACUCAUGUUCUACGGUAUUUCUGUAACUCCACAAAAACACUAUUUGAUUAUUGAAUAUUUGGAAAAGGGAAGUUUGGAAAAUUUAAUAAUUGAAAGUAGGAAACAUUCAUUAUUGAAUUUGGAAAUGAAAUUGUCAAUCCUAAUUGACAUUGCAUGUGGAAUGGAAUAUUUACACUCUUCACAUAUUAUUCAUCGUGAUCUCAAGAGUGGCAAUGUUCUCCUUGACGCCAACAAUGUUGCAAAGGUUUGUGACUUUGGAUUGAGUAAGAUCAUGUCCAAUUCAUGUCAACAUUCAACUAUUGCUAAUGUGGGCACGAUUUAUUUCAUGGCCGUGGAAUUAUUUUCUGAAAAACUGAGCUCCUCCACUGUCAUUACACCAGCCAUUGACGUUUAUAGUUUUGGAAUUAUUAUGCAUGAGCUCUUUUUCGAGGAACGUCCCUACAAUCUCUCAAAGAAUAGCAAAUUAUUAAUGUGGAAGAAUGAGCAAGAGACAAUCACAUCUCCAUUCGCAAUGCUACCAAGAAUUAUCAAAGGAGAAAGACCCUUCAUUCCAUUUGAGGAUGAUUAUAGUAUGGAUGAGUAUUUGCAAAUGGCUUUUGGUGUCCUUGAUCAAGAUGGAAAAGUACAGACAAGUUGUAACAGAUUAUAUUGA